ACGGGCGGAAGGUGUCAUGGCGGCCGCGCUCGGGGGUCACGUGGUGCCCCCUCCCUCCGCCGGCCCGCCCCGGCGCUUCCGGUCACGUGCCCCUCAGCGUUCUCGCUGCCAGCGAUGGAGGCGAGACCCCCCGGCCACAGAGGCGGUGGCGACGGCGGCGGCUCCCGGCUCUCAGCCUCUUCCCGGCGGCGGCUCUAGAGGAGCGCAGCGGAACGCGGCCCGCUUCCUGGCUUCCUUCGCCGGGCUCGCAGCCCCCCGCCGCACCAUCUAGACACCAUGGCAACUUCAUCUGAAGAAGUUUUGCUGAUUGUAAAGAAAGUGCGGCAAAAGAAGCAGGAUGGAGCACUAUACCUCAUGGCAGAAAGAAUUGCUUGGGCACCUGAAGGGAAGGAUAGAUUUACAAUCAGCCAUAUGUAUGCAGAUAUCAAAUGUCAGAAAAUUAGUCCAGAAGGAAAAGCUAAAAUUCAACUUCAACUGGUCCUGCAUGCAGGGGAUACAACUAACUUUCAUUUUUCCAAUGAAAGCACGGCAGUGAAAGAAAGAGAUGCCGUGAAAGACCUUCUUCAGCAGUUGCUGCCUAAAUUCAAGAGGAAAGCAAAUAAAGAACUGGAAGAGAAAAACAGGAUGCUGCAAGAAGAUCCAGUUUUGUUCCAGCUUUAUAAAGACCUCGUUGUGAGUCAAGUGAUCAGUGCUGAGGAAUUCUGGGCCAACCGUUUAAAUGUGAAUGCAACAGAAAGUUCCUCCACAGCCAAUCAUAAGCAGGAUGUUGGCAUUUCUGCGGCAUUUUUGGCUGAUGUUCGACCCCAAACAGAUGGAUGUAACGGUCUAAAAUACAAUCUAACCUCUGAUAUCAUUGAGUCUAUAUUUAGAACCUAUCCAGCAGUGAAAAUGAAAUAUGCAGAAAAUGUUCCUCACAACAUGACAGAAAAGGAAUUCUGGACACGUUUUUUCCAGUCCCAUUAUUUUCACAGGGAUCGACUGAAUACAGGGUCAAAGGACCUCUUUGCAGAAUGUGCCAAAAUAGAUGAAAAGGGGUUAAAAACAAUGGUUUCAUUAGGAGUGAAAAACCCACUACUUGAUUUAACAGCUUUGGAAGAUAAACCAUUGGAUGAAGGAUAUGGCAUUUCUUCUGUGCCGUCUACUUCAAAUUCUAAAUCUCUAAAAGAGAACAGUAAUGCUGCCAUCAUCAAGAGGUUUAACCAUCAUAGUGCCAUGGUCCUGGCAGCAGGUCUCAGGAAACAAGAAGCACAAAAUGAACAAAAUGGUGAGCCCAGCGGCAUGGACAAAAAUUGUGGAGAUGCAGAUUGCUUUCAGCCCGCAGUCAAAAGGGCAAAGUUACAAGAGUCCAUUGAAUAUGAAGACUUGGGGAAAAAUAAUUCCGUAAAAACAAUUGCACUAAACCUCCAGAAGUCAGAUAGGUAUUACCAUGGUCCUACUCCAAUCCAGUCUCUACAGUAUGCAACAAGUCAGGAUAUUAUUAAUUCUUUUCAAAGUAUUAGACAAGAAAUGGAAGCUUAUACACCUAAAUUAACUCAGGUUCUCUCAAGUAGUGCUGCCAGCAGUACCAUCGCAGCCCUAUCACCUGGAGGAGCACUUAUGCAGGGAGGGACACAGCAAGCCAUAAACCAGAUGGUGCCAAAUGAUAUUCAGUCUGAAUUGAAACACCUAUAUGUAGCUGUUGGCGAACUUCUCCGGCACUUCUGGUCCUGCUUUCCUGUUAAUACACCAUUCCUAGAAGAAAAGGUAGUGAAAAUGAAAAGUAAUUUGGAACGAUUUCAAGUUACAAAGCUUUGCCCAUUCCAAGAGAAAAUUCGGAGACAGUAUUUAAGCACAAAUUUGGUAAGUCACAUAGAGGAGAUGCUGCAGACAGCCUACAACAAGCUCCACACGUGGCAGUCACGGCGUCUGAUGAAGAAAACGUGAAAGGUCCGAUGGUUCUCACAGGUUUGUGAGAUGAGAAAACUGUGCCCCACAGUGACUCUGGAAACCUGGCCUGACACAGUGCAGGUGAUCACUCAGAAGUGACAGAUAUCUGCACCACACGGACUCGCAGAGCCAAUGCUAUUGUACUUGCACAUUGUGAACGGAAAAAAAAGAGCUGUGAUUAAACGCAAAGCUGGGGAGGUGAAUUAAGGCAGAACCAAAAUGAGCUAAGUUGCAAAUAUAUAUAUUUUAAAAAGACACUGUUUACUGCAGUUACUCAGGAACUGCUUUUGAUUCACAUUAAGCUGCUUUCAGAAAUUUGAAAAAAAAAAAACUUUUUUUAAAGGGUGCGUUGAUAAAAUCUCGGGGGCUGGGGGUUUUGUGUGUAUGGGUAUGUUUGCGUGCGUGAGUGUGUGCGUGAGUGUAUGUGUGUGUGUGUUUUCCCUAAGUUUAUAGCACAGGGUACACCUUAAGUAUUUCUCCUUCAUUCUCCAGUUUUGGCUCCUCAAGUUUUACUGAAUCUUAGUUGUACCUCCGUCAGCAAGUUUAAACAAGUACUUUAAAGCAGAGGGAGACUGUGGCUCGGCCCUCGGGAAACAGAGUCAUGAGACAUCGUUGGUCCUGUGUUUCCUACGGAAAUAAAAAACAAUACAUUUUGCACUGAAUGUUUGUGGCUUGGAGUCCCAAAAUGAUACAGAGGGAACGUAUAUUUGCAGAGUCACGUGGAGUUUUUUUAUGCAGUUUGUCAGAAGACAGUGGCGCUGCAUGCUUUUCCUUGAGUGCAAAUGUACAUUGCUAAGGUUUUUUUUUAAAGAUGGCAUGUGCUUUGAAAAGAAGAUAUUGCAUUUUUAAGAGUUAAAAAUAAUCUUAUGAAUGAAAAUUAUUAAAAAAUGUCUUAUUUUCACCUCUUUAGGAAAAAAAUAAAAGAUGUUUCUCAUAUCUCCUUUUCUCUAGUAUCUGUUACUGUCCUUCGCGAGUUAAUAAUCAUUGACUAGUAAUUGAAAAGCCUAACUGCAGAAGAAAAAAUUGUCUUGUUUCUGAAAUCCGUGCCAUAUUUUGUUCCUAAUUGGGUUAACUUGCUGUUUAUCUGAGACUUUAGAUGUCUUGUAUUAAAAAUUAUUUUUAAAAAGUAAAGUUUUUUAUAGACACUCUUUUAA